AUGCCCGCCUGGAAGUCUCUGGUUAGCGUACUGGCUCUGGCCAGUACAGCCGUUUCAUGCGCGCACCACAACGACGCCGAAGUCGUCCCUGAACAGGAGCGCGAGGAACUGCUGAAGAAGUGGGAUCAAGAGUGGUCCUUCUCCGGCAUAGCAAGCUUCGCCCACCUCCGCCCCGUAAAAUGUCUCGUCGAGCCCUCCGAACACUACGACAUCGCCGUCAUCGGCGCCCCCUUCGACACGGCCGUCUCCUACCGACCAGGCGCCCGCUUCGGGCCCCGCGCUAUCCGCGCCGCCAGCGCCCGCCAAAUGGCCGGGACCAGCUACAACACGCGCGCGGGCAUCAACCCGUACAAAUCCUGGGCCAAAAUCACCGAUUGUGGCGAUAUCCCCAUCACACCCUUUGACAACGCUCUGGCCGAGCGGCAGAUGUACGAGGCGUUUUUGGAGCUGGGUUCUCGGAAGAUUGUGAAUGCCCCGCCGAAGGGCGCUGCCGCCGGUGCUGCUGCUAGUAUUGGCGCGUCGCAUCCGAAGCUUGUCACGCUAGGUGGGGAUCAUAGUGUGGCGCUGCCGGCGCUGCGCGCACUCUACCAGAUUUAUCAGAAGCCCAUUACGGUGCUGCAUUUCGAUGCCCAUCUUGAUACGUGGAAUCCUGUGCGCUAUUCGGCGUAUUGGCAGAGUGAGCAGACUCAGUUCAAUCAUGGCAGUUUCUUCCAUAAGGCUAGUCGCGAGGGACUGAUUUGCAAUUCGACCUCUGCGCAUGCGGGUCUGCGCACUCGUUUGACUGGUGUGGAUGAUGGCGAUUAUACCACGCCCGGUCCGGAGCAGGGCUUUAUUCGGAUCCAUGCGGAUGAUAUUGAUGAGCUGGGCCCGAUGGGUGUCGUGGAUGCCAUUGUGAAUCGCAUUGGACUGGACCCCGAGCAGCCCGUUUAUUUGUCCGUUGAUAUUGAUGUCCUGGAUCCGUCGACUGCGCCGGGUACGGGCACUCCGGAGCCUGGUGGUUGGACUACGCGUGAGUUUAUUCGCAUUCUGCGUGGUUUGGAGAAGUUGAAUCUCGUUGGCGCGGAUAUCGUGGAGGUUUCGCCGGCGUAUGAUAACAAGGGCGAGACGACUGCGUUGGCGGCGGCCCAGGUUGCCUUUGAGAUUAUUACCAGUAUGGUCAAGUCGGGGGUGGAUGAGGAGCUGGGUGGGUGGUAUGGACGUCACGAGGAUGGUUCGGGUGGUGUGGGUGUUGUGGAGGAGGUGGAGAGUGCUGCUAAGGAUGAGCUGUAA